AAAAACCGCAAAAAGGAGGGUUGUUCAAAGGCGUAAGAUAAAAUCAGCUGCCUUAAUAAUGGAGUGUAUCUUUGAUUCUGAUUCUGAUCUGACUCUCAUUAGCUGGUGACUAAUGGUGGUUCUUCUUUCUAUACAAUCUAAUCGACUAUAUAGUAUAUAAAAAAUAAAAUAUAGAGUUGUCACGCCAUAGUAUUUCCUUUCUCCCUCUCUUAGUCAAAAUGGCGCUAUUUCUAAAAGUUACUCUACUGCGAAUAAUGAUUUUUUUUAUUUUGGCUUUCUAACAUGGGUGAGCGUAAUAAUGAGUUGCAUUAGUAUAUUAGUAAAUGGUAUAUUUUUACUUUCUACAUUUCGUUAGUUUGUAAUAUGGAAGAUAUUGAGGAAAACUCGUUUCAGCAGACAAUUCUUGUAUCAAAACCAAAUAAUGCGCAGUUACAUCAGAGCCAACAACAUUGGGAAGAGGAACCAAUGGCCAAAUAUGUAUGCCGUUUGUGCAAAAAGACAUUUUACAAUGCAAACGCACUGCAAAAUCACAAAAACACGCAGCACAAUGCGCAUGAUUUCAGCAGCGAAGAUGAUAAAGAAGUUGCUAACCCGUCUAAUGAACAGAACAGCGGUGGUUUUAAGUUCAUACCAUUGAAAAGUGGUGAGAAUGAUGAAAAGUCUACUUUAGACGGAUUGACUACACGACUGUUUUCUGUAGACACUAGUUAUAUAAUCGUCAAAGUUGAAGACGAUAUAGAUAUGGAUGCGAUUAAAAGGUCCAGGCUUGACGGAGUUGUAAAAAGGGCGCAAUUGAAGCCGAAACAAGCUAAGUUGCCUAACUUGACUGUUGACUUAAGGGGACCAUUUACGUGUACCUUCCCAUCAACACUACGUCCGGACCUACAGUGUCGGCAGAUAUUUUUCAACUGUUGCGAAUACUCGCUACAUUACCGCGAAGAGCACACCAAACGACGGAAAGCUGCAUUACGCUGCCAAGUUUGUGAGCAACGAUUAGACAGAGACAUCCACUCGGAAAGUGCAAUAGCGCAGAUUCAAGCGAUGAAUCGCCUGUCUUACUCAUGCAGGAUCUGCGGCCUCACAUUCCUAGACGGUGCUGAAUACGACGAGCACAAUCGAUUAGUUCACGCGAAAAUGAAGCCGCACCAAUGUUCUAUAUGUGCCAAGCGAUUCACUCAACAGGGCGGGCUGCAGCAACAUAUGCGCAUGCACACUGGAAUGCGUCCAUUCGCGUGCACUUUCUGUCCCAAAGCAUUCACGCAAAAGGCGGGCUUGGAGCAGCACCUCCGCACUCACACCAAGGUGAAACCUUUCAAGUGCGUUGUUUGCAGCAAAUGCUUCUCGCAGUCGGUCCACCUGAGACAACAUAUGCGCACACAUACUAACAUACAACCCUUCGAAUGCACUGUUUGUGGUAGAAGAUUUAAACAGAGUAGCCAUUUGAAUUUUCACAUGCGUUCGCACAUUGGAGAGGGAACCCUUGCUAUGGACAGAUACGUGCAAACUAUGCAACAUAACGAACAAAUGGAGUUUUUAAACUUUUCCAAAUUGCAGCCUGUGCAAGAUGGACACACGUUGUAUUACGCGGCGGAAUUGGCCACGCCGCUAUCGUCGUGUCAAAGUGCAUUUCCAUAUCAAUCGCAAGCAGUUAUAUCUGAAAGUAUUCUUUCAAUUUAAAAUUAUUAUAUAUGCAUGCAUGAUUUUGUUUACAUUUAAAUGACGUGGUUGAUUGUUUUAAGUUUAAAAUAAAUCGUAUUCAUAAGUCGUAACAAGUGUUUUCUUAAGUUGUACACACACACGUACAGUAAGUUUAGUAGAAUGCAACCAUGCCAUCCGCGUCGCAAUAAAUGCAUUCGGUGCGAUGCAAAUGGCCUGCAUAUAGUAUUUUAUUGCAUCCGAAGUACUAGGCGAUCAUAACGUCCGAGGAGUUCUAUUUGUUGGUAUGACCUAUCACCUAGAUACCUAGUACGUAGAUAGAGCUAUACAAGGUAGUUGCAUCCCGCCCAGACCACUGAAAAGUGCAUGCGUAGUUUGUUCCUGCUUGCACACUCUCGCAAUUGGUCAUAGAAUUGAUAGUCGAGAUUGCGCACUACGGCAUUGCCGUUUAUACCGCAGACGAUAUGACAUAUCAUCAGAUUAUUGUCGCUUGCGAGUAAAGAAUUUUAUUUGCAUGUGCUUAUUGGUAAUGUGAUUUCAACACCAGAAUUUUGACGAAAGUGAUUUUCAAGGAAUAAGUUUAUUCCGCACAGUAAAUAUAAAAAGUUCGAGAUCUGGGUCUCGGUGUGCUAUCAUUUAUAGAUAUUUUGUACUACGUAAGAUAAAUAAAAUGCCUUAAUGUAUAUUGUACGGAGAUAUAGACUACAGAGAUAAAGAUGUGAGACGUGUUCCCGGCUCCGCUGAUUUAUCAGUGCGCCAGUUAUUGCGGAAGCGAGUCGGUGCAUUUGUUUAGAUGGAUGCACGCUAAGCAUUAUUUGGACAAAGGUAUUCGGACGAUGAUGUGUCGGUCGUCAAAACACGUAUUCGUCGGCGUGUGGGCGCGGUGCGUUGGUUACAUUUCGGUCUUUUGUAUAUUUUGUUAAGGCCGCGCAUGGGACGCCAGUGAAAACAAAGGGAACUGACUGAUGGCUGCAUCCUGAGAAUACGACCCUUUUGUCUCGAUUUGACCUUUCGUAUGUCCUGUCUUGAGAUUAGAAAAAUAAAUACUGGUAAUAAAGUGCUGUUGACUGAUAUUCAUUUAAGCCUUAUAGCACAACAUAUACAGACUGCCUAGUACCUAUAUGUGCCUACUCUGUAAUCAUAAUAGUAUUAAAUGUAUGAAAUUAAA